UUACAUCUUAAACAAAAGAAUCAUGUUUCAUGUUUACUAAAGUUUUUUAUCUCUAUCUCUUCCUAAAAAAAUUCUAAAUUCUCAUCUUAACUCAAUUGUCAACAUCACUUGGUCAUGGAAGAUGAGAAGAAAAUUAGCAACAAGAAAUAGUGUAUGUCUACAAAAUCAGAAACGCGCAAAGACCUCCUCAGAUCGGAAUGGUUAUUAUCUAAAAUGGAGAAAUUUCUGCUUGGAAAAGAUUCAUAAUUUCCCAGCAGCAAUUACAUUUUAUCAUUUCCAACCAAAAUCCAGUUCGAGAUGUCAUAAGAGAGGUUAUGGUGAAGUAAAAUCACAUAACCAAGGUGAUAAGACCAGUACUUUUAUGAAUGUGGAGCUUGAAGAUCAUGAGAGAAUUUGUAGACCAAAUCUUGCUACAUUUGGAGGGAUCACCCUAUCAGCCAGUUAUAGUGGUUAUGCAGAUGAUAAAAGCACACAAAUUUCAAGGUAUUCUGUGCGUAAUACGUGGCAUGCUUCAAAGCUCUGGAUUAAUACGAAUCUUCCUCAAGCUGUUGAUUUUAAGUCCAGAUUGGCAAGUGUGAAUGAAGCUAACUCUUUCAGGAUCAGUCAAAUACCUUCUCAGUGUAGUUAUUCUGUUUCUGACGUGUUGGCUGCUGGAAUUGUAGAAGUUAAAACUAUUAGAGAAUUGGUCGACUGCAUGUAGGUUUUCAUGGCUGAUAAUGAGAUGUUUUCUCCUGCAAGGAAUCCUGCCAAGAGAAGUAGAGAAGAGAAUGGAUCAUAUGUAGUAGACGUUGAUUAUAAUCUUACAUAAUUAUCAAGUAAUAAGGUCAAAAGAGUGAUGAAACAGGAGAAAAAUCUAUGAAAUAAGGUUAUUUAGACAAUCGCAUUUGCAAGUAGAUUGGUACGCAGGAGAAGUAGUUUAAGUUGUAUUUUAAUUUGGUUUCUGCCAUUUAGAAUCAUGAUUUAUAAUCUAAAGUUACUUGACUCUUUAUGUUAUCGACUAGAUUGAUAUUAGAAGAGCUAAUGGAAAGUUUUGAAAUAUCACAUUUGAACGUUUAUGUUGUUAUAUCAUUCACAGAAUGAUGAGAAGGGACCUUUUUAUGUUAUA